AUGUAUACAGAUCUCGAGAGCCUGAAGGAUGAUCAAGGUGCAUCAGACAGCGUUCACAAGGUGGAGGCUGCACAAGCAGAGGAAAUUCAAGACCAGGUGAUUUGCCGAAAAAGAAAACUCGAGGACGAAAUUCAACCCGUACGGACGGCUCCCACACAAGUCUCGUCCGAGGGCAGUAUCUGCGCCAAGUGUCUCGAUCUUGACCUUCCAGGAGCCCUCCAAAAAGCCACACAAAUCUUUGCGGCUCACACUUCUUCUGAUAUAUACAAGACCGAGCUCUGGUUCGGUAUCCACGUCGCCAACGUCGACCACCAGUAUCAACAACAUCGCUUCACAAACUGUGCCUUAUGCUCCAUACUCUUUUCUGCUCGAAUCGGCCCUGAGCGAAGCAAAGCUAGCGAGGAUGGUGACGAAAUACGACUGCUUGGGUUAUCGAAUGUCCUAUUAGUUCCAGAUUUGGUUAAGCUUAGGCCUCGGGGGAUUUUCCAGGAACCCAAAUCUCCAAUUCUCGCUGUUGUGCCUCGACACUUUGGAUCUGAUGACAAUGAUAAUCGCCUGCGGUUCGAUUAUUUGCGUCACGGGGAGUUUGCAGUGCUUGUCCAAGAUGAUCAUCACCCGGAGCCAUUAUCUGCGCAAGAAGUUCCAGCCUCCUUUGACUCCAAGGUAGCUUCUGGCUGGCUCCAAUAUUGCAAAAACAACCAUUCGUCUCUUUGUGGUGGCUCGUCAAAGUCCUCAGUGUCUGGUCUUCACCUAAUCGAUUGUACGACGCUGUCUAUCAUAGAGGCCGAGAGAAAUAGUCCAUAUGUGGCCUUGAGCUAUGUUUGGGGCAAAACAGGUGACAUCGACAGCAAAAUCCGACGCACAAGCAACAAGCUUCUGUUACCGGCAAGAUUGACCUCCAUCGUCUCCGACGCAAUUAGCGUUACAAAGGCUUUGAGCUUCCGGUACCUCUGGAUUGACAAGUUCUGCAUCGAUCAAGAUGAUGCAGUUGCGAAGCUCGAACAAAUCAAUCAAAUGAACGUUAUCUACGAGAACGCUGACCUGACUAUUGUGGCUGCGGCUGGUGCAGACGAGACCUACGGACUACCGGGAGUCGACCAAAGACCAAGAACACCGCAGAAAACUGCGAGGUUCAAUGGGCUGAGCGUUAUCACGACAUUGAAAGACCCGCGGUCUUUAAUCCGCGCAUCACACUGGGCUUCCCGAGGUUGGACUUUUCAGGAAGCGGUACUCAGCCGUCGACGUCUAGUAUUUACGGACGAACAAUUGUAUUUCGAAUGCAACUCCAUGAAUUGCUUCGAGAGCGUAUACAUCCCACUGGACAAAAUCCACGUGAAAAACAGAUCAAAAUCGCUCGACAUAAUGAGAGCCGGAAUGUUUGGCAGAGGUACGACUGAAGCAUUUGGAAAACUAGUCCCCGACAAAUUGUCUCUUCUUGAUGUGUUCCAGCAGUUCUUGUCGUCCAUACAAGACUACUCGACGAGGGACCUGAGAUUCGAUACGGAUUCUCUGAAUGCUUUCCAAGGCAUCAUCCAGCGGUACUCGAGGCUUAAACGGCCUGUCCAUGCAAUCUGGGGCCUGCCUUACGCCGCCCAGGGAGAGGAAAGAAGAUCCUAUUUCUGUUGGACUUUGUCCUGGAGCCACACUCAAGACUCUUGGGAGAAUUCGAGACAACCGAGGCGCCGAAAGGAAUUUCCUUCAUGGACAUGGGCCGGCUGGGCCGGCGCAGUGCAGAUUAAGCAAAUUGAGGGAAAAAAGGUUUGGUCCAGGGAUGCGAUACAAUCAGUAAAAUUUGGAGAUCGAGGUGACAAUGCGGAGGAUCUUGACUUGUUGGACUUUUCAACUCCGGUAUCCAAGUGUCGCAUGCUAAGAUUACUGGCCAAGACACUAUCUCCGAGCCUGUUCUCCUGCCAGCCAACAGCAGACGGAAAGACAAGCUGGGCUUUCAACCGUUUCAAAGCUGAAUUGCUCCCGUCUCAAAGCUACAUGCUUGAAGGGCAAUUUGUACAAGAACUGAUGGAUACUGGGCGGUGGAAUUGUAUCUGGAUUUGUUCUAUGCUCGAAAACAUCUUCUGUAUGCUUCUUGAACGAAACGACGAUGCUGACACUUGGAUACGGGCCGGAAUGUUCUCCAUCAAGUGUUGGUACACUGAUAUGUAUCCACCGCUGUAUGUGAACCUAAGAAGCAAAAAUGGACUCAAGGAAUGA